AUGGCGGAUUCACAGCCCCAGCCUGACAUCCAGAGCAUCCUUGCUGCGCUCGCAGCCCAGCGACCGCCCGCAACGACGCCCUCACAGACCCCCCCGGGAGCUCCUGGCCAUGGGUAUCCAGCUCCGUCGUCGACCCAGCCCGGGUCAUACCCCGGUGCCCCUCCCCCGCCUGCGGGCCCUCCGGGCUAUGGUGGUUCGGGUCUUCCAGCUCCUGCCGCGAGCGGCAACGUCGAUCUGAGCGCGAUCCGCCCGGUCAACUCUGGAACCAUGAGCUUUGACGACAUCGUUUCGCAAGCGCGAGCCUUUGCUGCCGAGAAGGGAGCCACUUCCUACGACAGACCUCUUGUAUAUGGCUCCGACUCGAGAAACAGCGAUCGUGCCUAUCGACGCUCGAGAUCCCGUUCCCCUCCCCGAGGCGAGUAUCACAGGGAUGAGCGUCGUGGGGCACACGGUCGCGAUUACGGCCGGGACCGCUCGUACUCGCCGCCUCCGCGAGGUCGCACGUUCUCGCCUCGCGCAGGUGGUGGCGGUGGUGGCGGUCGCGAUAGGUCUCCUCUGCGCGGGGGCGACGACAAUUCCGAGACGAUACAGAUCGAAUCGAGCCUCGUCGGCCUCAUCAUCGGUCGACAGGGCGAGAACCUCCGACGCAUCGAAGCCGAGUCUAACUGUCGCGUGCAGUUCCUGGCUCCCACCGAUGCUGGGUCCCACCGCCAGUGCAGGAUCUCCGGUCCGCGGGCGCGCCGCGCUGAGGUGAAGGCUGCCAUUAACCGCAUCAUCGAAGAUAGCGGAAUGGGCGCCUUGAACCGUCCCCAGCAGGAAAAGCCGCGGGAUCAGGGUCGGGGUGGAUCUGCCGCCCUCCGCGAGGGCGAGGAUCAUAUGCAGAUCAUGGUCCCAGACCGCACCGUCGGCCUCAUCAUCGGCCGCGGAGGCGAGACCAUCCGAGACCUCCAAGAGCGAUCGGGAUGUCACAUCAACAUCGUUGGCGAAUCUAAGAGCGUCAACGGCUUGCGGCCCGUGAACCUGAUAGGAACGGUCGAGGCCGCGGCCCGCGCCAAAGACUUCAUCAUGGAGAUUGUGGACAGCGAUACCCGCGGCGAUGGACCCGCGGCGAAGAAGGCACCUGGAGCUGAACGCAACGACCGCCCUCCCCGGGAUAUUGGUGGAGGCGGCCCGGACAAGCUCAACGACUCCAUCUACGUUCCGUCUGACGCCGUAGGCAUGAUCAUUGGCAAAGGAGGAGAGACCAUCCGCGACAUGCAGAACGCCACCGGAUGCAAAAUCAACGUUGCCCAGUCUUCUGGUCCCGGAGAGGUCCAGAGAGAGAUUGCCCUCAUUGGUUCGCGCGGCAGCAUCGAGCGUGCCAAGCUCGCAAUCGACGAGAAGGUCGAGGCGGUGAAGAGCGGAGGUGGCGGCGGCGGCGGCGGCGGCGGACGAGGCCGCGGAUACCAGGAUCUUGACCGAAGCUCCUACUCCCAACCUGGACCGAGCGCGUCUACUAACCAAGCAGCUUCUCAAGCACCGGCUGGCGACGCUUCUGACCCGUAUGCCCAGUAUGGCGGCUACCAAAACUAUGUGGCGCUCUGGUACCAAUCCCUGAUGUACCAGCAGCAGCAGCAGGGCGGACAAGGAGCCCCGGCCGGAGCCCCGGCCCCAGGAGCCCAGUGA